AUGUCAAACAUUUUCCUCUCUGGUUGGAUGACGUCUGCUGCCGCCAAGGCCGUGCAUGAUGCCCUUGAAAACAUCGGAGCGGAAAUCAAGAUGGAGGGCAAUGUGAUGACUGUUGCUUUCAACCCCGAAGAGAAGGCCAAAGCCAAGGAUGAUGAUGUUGACAACGUUGCUGCCCAGAUCAAUGAAUUAGAUGUCAACGGAGAGGGCGAAAAUGAUGAUUCGAGUCGGACCACACUCGGUUCCUUCUCGGAAGAAGAGGAGGUUAUUAUCCCAGAAGUCAAGGCCAAGGCUUACAAGAAGGCUCCCAAGAAGUAUGAUUCCGAUGAUUACGACGACGAUGGCUGCUUUGACUCUCAAGAUAUGGCGUGGUGA